AUGUCGCGCCAUCGAGUCAAGUCACUCGAAUACGACGAUGAUUUCGAUGAAGAAUACGACGAAGCAGACCCCGAAGAGCAAGAACAACUGGAGGCAUACACAAAUGAGGUGCUCAACGAGCUUCACACCGGACAGCCGCCGGUGACCGCGUCGCGAGAGGAGGUUCAAGAAGCCCUCUGGCAUUACUACAACGAUGUACCGAAAUCGGUGAACUACCUGCGUGGUAAAAAGGUGAAGGAGACCAAGAAGGAAACGGCGCCUACUACGAAGCCGAAGAUAGGAGGGGUAUAUCCUGUGGAUAUUGCACAAUAUUCUUCUUGUCCGGUACCCUUUUCAGCCGCCGAGUUCUUUCGUGAUGCACCUUGGUUGAACAUUCCGCUGGAUCGAAAGGCAGACAUUAUAGUGGAACCAUUAUAUCCGCGACUGGGCUUGCUCGGGGGUGCUCCGGAAGGCAAGAUGUCUAAGUUAGCUGCUCUUGCUGCAGCACGGAAAAAGAAAGACAGCGAGAAAUCAUCCGCUGCACCCGAACAACCAUCAAACACAGAGCAAACUGAAAAAAGGUCGGCGCAACGCUCGUUGGCAGAACGAUUAGCUGUCACUUCUACCAAGGUGCCCGAAAAGGCGGGAGGAAUUUCGGCGCUCAGCAAGGAGAGUCGUCUGGGAAGCCGCCUUUCAAAACCAAGGAGCGCCCCCGUUGCUCAGGAUCAUAGCGAAGAAACGGUUUCACGGCCAUCCGUGGACACGGACAGGCCUGCACCGAAGCCGCCACAACAGCAACCGGAAGAAAGUGCUAAUUUGCGUGCACCCCCUUCAACUUUUGCAACCGCGAUUGUCGGAGACGGAAACUAUCUUUCGACAUCUGAGCCUGGCCACCUAAGAAGCAACAAAUUUGAUGUCAUGCAAGUUUACGGACAGGACUUUACUGAAGCUUUUGACUUUGUAGGACCCAGUCCCGAUGACGUCGUGAUCAAUGCGCAGAGUGCAUCCAAAGGCCUCAAAUCAAAGCAGGCUGCAUCAUCAAAAGGUUCUGGUGCUAAGAAGAAUCCAAGUGAUAUAUCGGGUGGCAUGAAAGCACUCAGCGUGGAAGAACCAGUCAAGGUGAAAAGCAAGAAUCUCAACGUUUUAGCAGAAUACGAAAAGUCACACCAGAAAAAGGCGGCCAAUUUUGUGGUUAUUGGCCAUGUAGAUGCUGGAAAGAGCACGCUUAUGGGGCGUUUACUCGCCGACUUGAAUGCAAUUGAUCAGAGAACGAUGGAUAGAUAUCGUCGUGAGGCUGAGAAUAUUGGUAAAGGUUCGUUUGCUUUCGCAUGGGUGUUGGACCAGGGUUCGGAAGAGCGUGCCCGAGGCGUGACCAUUGACAUUGCAACAAACAAAUUUGAGACCGAUAAAACACAAUUUACGAUUGUUGACGCGCCGGGUCACCGCGACUUUAUACCGAACAUGAUUGCUGGGGCUAGCCAAGCAGAUUUUGCUGUACUUGUAAUCGACGCAGGAACUGGAAAUUUCGAGUCUGGGUUGAAAGGUCAAACCAAGGAGCAUGCGCUCCUAGUCCGAAGCAUGGGUGUCCAGAAAGUAGUGGUUGCGGUCAACAAAAUGGAUUCAGUAUCCUGGUCUAAAGACCGAUUCGAUGAGAUUGAACAACAGAUCUCAUCUUUCCUCACAACAGCAGGGUUCCAAGCCAAAAAUUUAUCAUUUGUUCCUUGUUCGGGUUAUCAUGGUGACAACAUCACCAAAAGCAGCAAUGAUCCGAACGCCUCUUGGUAUAAGGGCUCUCUUCUUAUCGACGAACUCGAGACAUCGGAGCCUUUCUCCCAUGCGCUUGACAAGCCCCUGCGCAUGACAAUUGGUGACGUGUUUCGCGGAGGCGUCCAGAAUCCGCUCUCAAUCUCAGGACGCAUUGAUGCCGGUAGCUUUCAAGUAGGAGAUCCGCUUGUGGUUAUGCCCAGCGGCGAGUCAGCUUUGAUCAAAGGUUUAGAAAAGGAUGGAGAACCCAGUGACUGGGCUGUCGCAGGACAAAACGUCACCAUUCAUCUUGCGAAUAUUGACCCCGCUCAUCUGAGAUCGGGCGAUAUUGUCUGCAGUCCUGCCUCGCCAAUUCAAAAUAUACGAACAUUCACUACCAAGGUGUUGGCAUUUGAUCACCUGAUGCCAAUGCAGGUAGACGUGCACCGAGGCCGCCUACACGUAUCGGGUCGCAUUAGUCGGCUGGUGGCCACAUUAGACAAGGGCUCAGGAGCCGCGAUAAAGAAGAAGCCAAAGAUCGUUUCUCCGGGAACAGUUGCAAGGAUUGUGGUGGAGAUAGACCAGCCAGUUCCUCUUGAGGCGCCUGGACGAAUCGUGCUCCGCGCGGCUGGAGAAACUGUGGCGGCGGGGUUGCUCGAAUAG